AUGAGGCUUAUCCGCCUCCUAUUGUCUGUCGAACUGGAAGAGAGCCGUUUUCAUACCCUCAUGAUGCCCACCACUAAGUCAAUAUUGGGUUUAUCUCUCGCCGUCGCAAGUAAAGCCUAUGCGGCAACUACCCUGUUCAACGGCCUUCAGUCUGCCAUCUUCCCGACCACGACCUCAGCGGAAUGUCUUGCAAGCUUUAACACCUCCCUUCAAUGCGAUCCUCUGGUUUCCCGUCUGUACAUGCAAACAGAUUGGGUAGGGUGGAAUGCAACAAACCUGACAGCUCUUUGCACGCCGGAAUGCCAUCAAUCCUUGACCAGUCUGAAAGAAAUCGUGACAUCCAACUGCGCGGACUUAUCAAUUCCCCUGGGCGGCUCCAGAAUGGAUGCGGAAAAAAUAGUUGACUUCUACGAGUACAAAUACAAUCUUACAUGCUUGGCCGACGGCUCCUCCUGGUGUUUGCUUGAGCAGGAUAAAUGGUUCGUCGAAUAUCUCCCGACGGUCACUUGGCCACAAUACACGGACAAGUGGUAUCCAGAUUGGAUAAAUGAUCCUCUUAAUGGGACCAACGCUGUAGAUGAAAAUGGAACUGUGCUUCUCCCUUAUGACACUGUUCCGCCGCCUCAACCAACGUUCAAUUCCGGGAGGAAGGCUGCCCUUGACUACCGAUAUAUUGGCAAACCGCCCGCUGAGGGCACGUUGAAUUCUAGCUUGGGAUUAGAGUACGACGAAUAUCCUCUUGAAAUCCAGUGCUCGCCUUGUUUCCUGCAGCGAUUCAAACUAGGGUUCAUGUCCAGAUGGGGCGAGACAUAUAAGUAA